AUGUUUCUGUUGAUAUCUUUGCAGCCCUGCCAAGCGGCCCAGCUAGACGGCCCCGCCUGUUACUCACAACCCUGCUUCGCCCGAUUGCCUUGCCUCAAUGCAUCCUCGAGCUUAAAGAGUCAAGUACGCUUGCUCAAGCGGCGGUGUCACCUCCCUAAGACUGCCCCUGCGUUGAAACAAGCGGGCGGGACUCGGUGGACAUGCAGGGCUGCAGCCAGUGCAGAGACAGCCACAGAAACACCAGCAGUUGCUGAGACUGGCAUCGACUACAUUGGGCUCCACCACGUGGGUCUCCUCGUCAAGGACACUGACAGGGCCCUCGACUUUUACAUGGGGACGCUAGGCCUGCAUUUGAACAAGGAGCGCCCUGAUGACAAGCUGCCGUACAAGGGCGCGUGGCUUUGGGUGGGGGCCGAGAUGAUCCACCUCAUGGAGCUGCCAAACCCGGACCCCCUGGAAGGGCGGCCGGAGCACGGCGGCCGCGACCGGCAUACUUGCAUCAGCGUUGUGGACCUUGAGCCUGUAAAGAAGGUCCUCGACAAUAAGGGGAUUCGGUACACAAUGAGCAAGUCUGGCCGGCCCGCCCUCUUUUGUCGGGACCCCGAUGAGAAUGCGCUCGAAAUCAGCCAGUCUGCACCGCAACAUGAAGGCAGCAGCGUGAAGCAUCUCUGAGUAUCAGAAACCGGUCACUCCCCACAUACGAGUUAUCAGAAUUCAUGCGUGUUUCGAGCUUUUAAGGAAAGCCGAGGCUCUACACUCUCGGCGUUGACCUAGAUCAUCUGGAACGUGAGCUCGCAGCGCUUAGCCCCAUUUCAAAUCCAAUCGACAAAAUGAUGUAAAAUAAAGUCUUUGUACAGUUUCAGGCACUCCGUGCCAGAGGCUUUGUUCAGUACGAGCAUUUUAACGAGCUCGAAGUUAUGCACGUUGCAAGAUGCUAACUUACAUUGAAGACCAGAAGUUGAUUAUCCGCUCUAAACGCGAACCAAAGGC